AUGUAUCCUAACAGACAUAAUACACCAGGCCAGCCUAUAAAAUUUACAGUAUCAGAAUCAUGUGAUCGUAUUAAAGAAGAAUUCAGUUUUCUCCAAGCACAGUAUCACAAUCUGAAAAUGGACUGUGAAAAACUGGCUCAAGAAAAAACUGAAAUGCAAAGACACUAUGUGAUGUAUUAUGAAAUGUCAUAUGGAUUAAAUGUUGAAAUGCAUAAACAGACUGAAAUAGCCAAGAGAUUGAAUGCGAUCUGUGCUCAAGUUAUUCCGUUUUUAUCUCAAGAGCAUCAGCAACAAGUGGCAGCAGCAGUGGAAAGAGCAAAACAAGUCACGAUGCAGGAAUUAAAUGCUAUUAUAGGGCAACAGAUGCAGGCCCAGCACCUACCACAUGCCCAUGCACCACCCAUCCCAAUGACACCUCAUCCAUCAGGCCUCCAAGCACCAAUACCCCCAGUUUCAGCAUCAGUGGAAAGUGAUGCCGAUGAUCAGGAUUUAGUGGUUGAUGAUGCUGGUACAUCUUCGCCUGUCAACGGUGACAUUUCACCCAGAGAGAGAGAAAAAUCAUCUAAAGAAACAAAUCAUAAAAAAGAGGAGAGAAAUACAGGAAGUCCCCGCAGUGAUGCCUCAUCUCACGCUAGCUCAUCUUCAUCAAAACAUAAAGAGAACGAAAAAUCAGCAACCCCUGUUUCUAAAUCUGUGACUCCCACAAGCUCUGGUAAUACUACGCCUGGACCAUCUGCCAACUCCAAACCGGGUAUGUUUGGAGCUUUUCCUUUUUUACCUAAUGCUAGUCAUGCUGGAUUACCAACAGAUUUAAGUGCUAGUGGAGCAGCGUUUGCUAAUCAUGUUUUACACAAUAAUAUAUCACCAGGACCAUUGAAUAAUUUUCCACGACCAUUAGUUGGAUUUGAACCUCAUACAAGUAUUAGACCAUCUCUUGGUAACAUCCCUGGUGGAAAGCCAGCAUAUUCUUUUCAUGUGAGUGGUGAUGGUCAGAUGCAACCAGUUCCUUUUCCACCAGAUGCUUUGAUUGGUCCAGGAAUUCCAAGACAUGCUCGUCAAAUUAAUACUUUAAAUCAUGGGGAGGUUGUUUGUGCAGUGACAGUUAGUAACCCAACAAGACAUGUAUAUACUGGAGGAAAAGGUUGUGUUAAAGUUUGGGAUAUUAGUCAACCAGGAAAUAAAAGUCCUGUUUCUCAACUUGAUUGUUUACAAAAAGAUAAUUAUAUCAGAUCAAUAAAAUUAUUACAAGAUGGUCGAACAUUAAUCGUUGGUGGAGAAGCCAGUACAUUAUCAAUAUGGGAUUUAGCAGCUUCAACCCCCAGAAUAAAAGCAGAAUUAACAUCGAGUGCUCCAGCUUGUUAUGCUCUAGCUUUAAGUCCUGAUAAUAAAGUGUGUUUUAGUUGUUGUAGUGAUGGUAAUAUAGCUGUAUGGGAUUUACACAAUCAAACUUUAGUCAGACAAUUUCAAGGGCAUACAGAUGGAGCUAGUUGUAUUGAUAUAUCACCUGAUGGUAGUAAAUUAUGGACUGGAGGUUUAGAUAAUACAGUCAGAUCCUGGGAUUUAAGAGAGGGGAGGCAACUCCAGCAACAUGAUUUUACUUCUCAGAUAUUUUCACUAGGAUAUUGUCCUACUGGUGACUGGCUAGCUGUAGGUAUGGAGAGCAGUAAUGUGGAAGUUUUACAUCACGCUAAACCUGACAAAUAUCAACUCCAUUUACAUGAAAGUUGUGUUCUUUCUCUUAAAUUUGCAUAUUGUGGUAAAUGGUUUGUGAGUACAGGAAAAGAUAAUUUACUCAAUGCCUGGAGAACUCCAUAUGGUGCCAGCAUCUUUCAGUCUAAAGAAUCAUCGUCAGUGUUAAGUUGUGAUAUAUCAGGAGAUGAUAAAUAUAUUGUUACUGGAUCAGGAGAUAAAAAAGCUACAUUAUAUGAAGUUAUAUUCUAA